AUGGCGCUGCGGGUCUUGACCGAGAAAGCGCUGGCGCUGGCGCUGGCAGUGGCGGUCGCGGUGACGCAGCUGCACGGCGGGGGGGCCCAGACCCCGGCCAGCGUGCAGUACGUCGCCUCCCCGGCCGGCAACUUCUUCGUGGUUCCUGGGAAGAGCAUUCUGCCCUGGGACGCCUUUGCACUCUUCGAAAACACUGACAGCUGUUUAUGCAAGGCGAGCUGUUGGGCAGCAAUCGAGUGCGUUGCAUGGUCGUUCGUGACCCUGGCCGAUGGGUCAGGCCAGUGCAGACUGGCCAAUGAGGGGCCCACUACCUUGACCGUCCCGGAGCGCACCGACGCCACCUACUACUUCAAAGAGAGUGCUGUGCCGGGUGUUUACUCCUUCAAGGUGGACCGCCUCCUGUACCUGACGCCGUCGAUGCCCCUGCCCUACGAGGACGCCAAGGCCUUCUGCGCCAGGAUCCCCGGCCACCGUCUCGGGAUGUACAAGACGAUCCAGCAGCUGGACAUGUUGGAGGAGUACUGGUGCUUACCUGGGAACUGUCCUGCCACGCUGUACAUGUACUUGGAGAAGACAGCCGACGGGGUAGUCUUCGGCGACGGAACACCUUUCUCUUCCACAGAGAUCGCACAGACGGGCAUCACCAUGAACGCCCCCGAUACAUACACCUUCACCUUCUACAACAAGAGAGUGGAUGACAACUACGGAACUUCAGCGAAGCCCUUCCUGUGUCAGGCGAACCCGAGUGGUGUAGACUGGUAAUAGGAGGGAGGGAGGGAAGAGGGGAGGCAGAGGGAAAUAUUGGAGAGAAAGGGGAGGGGAAGUGGAAAGGAGGGAAGGAGGAGGG